AUGAAUAAAGGCGGUCCAAAGAAAUUCCAAUUCGGAUUUCCCAGCAAGAAAGUAACAGCAGCGACAACGAAAGCUACAGAACAAACAAUAGCAACAGACGCCAAACGAAAAGCUCCUGAAUCGCUUCAGGAAGAAUCCAAUAAGAAACCUAGAUCGUCUGCUUUUGAAGCUAAUGAUGACGAUGACCUAUUAGCUAUUGCUGGAAUUGUCGAGACACAACCUGUGAAAGCCGAAGAAGAGACUCCAGGAAGCAAAGCAGAAAGUGCUGAUGAAGAGGAUCCUUUAGACGCCUUCAUGGCUGAUAUGAGCGAGCAGGCGAAAGCAGAUAAAAAUGAGCCUAAGAUUCGUAGAGAUGAUAUUGAAGAAGAGGAUGAGCUUGAAAGUUAUAUGCGUCACAUGAAAAAGAAAGGCAUAACUGUGGGGACUUCAAACCAACCAAUGCCAGAAUAUGAUGAAAACGCUAAUUCCGAUGAUGAAGUUUAUGCAACUGCAGCAGCAGUGGAUGCUCGACUCGACCAAGAAGGAUUUGAUUCUGAUGAAGAAUAUUCGAACAAUUCGAACACUAAGAAAGAGAUCGAGCCACUAUCUCGUGUUGAUCAUAGUAAAAUCGACUAUAGGAAGAUUGAAAAGAAUUUUUAUGAGGAACAUCCUGAAAUUGCAGCUUUAACUGCUGCACAAGUGCAAAAACUUCGCCAUGAACUAGGUUUGAAUGUAUUAGGACAUGCGGUUGCCAAACCUUGUAUAUCAUUUGCACAUUUUGGAUUUGAUGAGGAUUUAAUGACGACAAUUAUAAAAGCUGGAUAUAUCGAGCCUUCUGCUAUUCAAAAGCAAGCUAUUCCAGUAGCAUUAGAAGGCCGUGAUAUUAUUGGUAUUGCAAAGACCGGUUCUGGUAAAACAGCAGCAUUUCUCUUACCAAUGCUCAUACACAUCAUGGACCAAGAAGAAUUAGUAAAAGGGGAUGGGCCUAUUGGGUUGAUUUUGGCUCCAACGCGUGAAUUGGCCAUACAAAUCUAUCAAGAAACAAGAAGAUUCGCAAAAGCAUAUGGUUUAAAAGUUGCUGCUGUCUAUGGUGGUGCAUCCAAAUUAGAACAAUUCAAAGACCUACGUAGCGGUACAGUUGAAAUUCUAGUAGCAACACCCGGCCGUUUAAUUGAUAUGAUUAAAAUGAAAGCAACCAAUUUGACAAGAGUUAGCUACCUUGUUCUCGAUGAGGCAGACCGUAUGUUUGAUCUUGGUUUCGAACCACAAGUCAGAUCCAUCUGCGACAACGUCCGACCAGACCGUCAAACUCUUCUAUUUAGUGCAACAUUUCAGAAAAGGGUCGAAGCACUAGCGCGUACAGUCACCAAUGAUCCUGUGCGUAUAAAUGUAGGAACAAGAGGACAAGCAAACGAAGAUAUUAGACAAAUUAUUCAAGUUCUGGAGCAAGAUGAAAUGAAAUGGGACUGGUUGAUGAGGAAUUUGACAAGCUUUUGCGUCGACGGUAGCGUCAUUAUAUUCGUGAGUAGGAAAGAUGCAGUGGAAGUUCUAUCAGGAAAUCUUAAAAAUUGCGGAUUUGAAUGUGUUGCAUUGCAUGGUGAUUUACAGCAGUUUGAGAGAGAGCAGGUUCUCCGAGAUUUUAAAAACAACAGAUCUAGAAUACUAGUGUCUACGGACGUAGCAGCUAGAGGCUUGGACAUCAAAUCAGUUAAAACUGUCAUUAAUUAUGACAUUGCGCGAGAUAUUGAUUCCCAUACACAUAGAGUGGGAAGAACUGGUCGUGCAGGUGAAAAAGGUACAGCUUUUACUUUAAUCACUCAAAAAGAAGAUCGUUUUGCGGGAGAAUUGGUUCGACAUUUGGAAGCUUCAGGGCAAUUUGUUCCACAAGAGUUGACGGCUUUAGCAAUGAAAAAUUCUUGGUUCAACGACUCAAGGAAUAAUAGAAGAGGUGGCCGAGGAGGUCGUGGCCGCGGUCGAGGUUUCCGCGGUAAUAGGGGUGGUUUAGGUUUUGGUAGAGACUCUUCAUCAUCAAAUACAAGUUUUGAUUCUGUAAAAAUGCAAAAGUCAGGCUUGGGGUCAUAUCCCCCACCACAACAAUAUAAUCAGAAUAAUAGCCGGUGA